ACUCGUAGAACCUGCUCUGUUACAUUGAGCUCUCGGGGAAGAUAUAGAGGGAUAUAAUCUUUACCGGAAAGCAGUUAGAAUACUAUCAACAGCUAUGAUUGUCCCCAGACUACUGUGGAUGUUAUUCGCUGCAAAUACGGUUGCAGGUACAGCAACGUACAGCGGCAGUCGGUUCAUCUUUGCACGAUUCCAAGCCUAUAAUUACGCGACUGCUCAUUUCCUUUUUUUGCACAUACGCGGGAUGGCCGAUGCACUGUGACAGAGAGUAACGGGACAGAUUAUCAUAUCCAGCUUAUUGGAAACAACAGUGUCACACAGUUCCAUCUACCGACAGACAGAAUGUUAACCCUGGGAGUCGCUGUGGAGGAGGAUCGUGCAGUGGAGCUUAUUUGCACAACGGAAGUAACUCUGAGUGUCCUGCAACGCCGUGUUCACCAGGGUGUGGCCGAUGCAUUUCCAGUCCUUCCAGUGAAGUCUCUGUCUACAAAGUACAUCGUACCAUCAGUGCCAUACAUCGCUUUACUCGGGGUGGUGGCUAUCUAUAACAACACAAACGUCACUGUCCAUCUCAACUCCACCUGCUCCUACACCUUCAGGGGGAACAUCUACGGAAGGGGAAGCCAGUUGAGUAUAACCCUGCUGCAGGGAGAAGUCCUCCAGAUUGCUUCUUCACAAAGUAGUACUUCCAACACCUGCGAUCUGGGAGGGACGGUUGUAGAGAGCAGUCAUUCAGUUGCAGUGUUCUCUGGAUCUCCUUUGUUGUGCUAUGCUGGAAGUUGUGAUGGAGCUAUGAGUCAAGUUCCCCCAAUAGAGACAUGGGGGACAUCGUUCAUUGUGCCCCCGGUCCCUAACAUGGAACAAUACCGCGUUCGAAUUACAUCAGCAUAUAAUGGUACCAAUAUCACCAUUGACACAUUCACAGGAGUUGAGUCCAUUCUUUUGAAUGAAGCAGAGAUUUACGAUGAAGAAUUUCGUGAUACAAACCCCACAUACAUCAAAAGCUCUCAUCCAAUACUUGUGUUACAAAUAGCCGACAAGUCAGCACAUGCCUAUGUGUUCAAAGCGAUUGUCCAAACAAUUGAUGCCUAUGGGACUGACUAUCUCAUACCAGACAUUCAGACAAGUGCCAUGUCGUACAGACGCUAUGUUACCAUCAUUACCAGUUCGCAAUGUACUCCACAUGUAAACGUUAGUGGAACAUGGACGAAUCAGCCAACAGAAUCACAGACGUUCGCCAUAGCAAGCUUUCAACCCAGCGCUGGCUUCCUUGUCAUUAAAAGUAAUUCAUCGACAUGUCCUUUUGGCGUACUCGUCACUGGUUUUGGUCAUUUUGAGAUGUAUGGGUAUUUCAGUACCCCAGUGCGUGGUGACAGUGGUGGACAAACAACUUUACGUCCUGGUUGUGGAAUAACAAACCUCACUGCAUCGGUGUUAAGCGAAUACCUGACGUUACCUGCCUAUCCAAAUAAUUACGUGAACAACAUGGAAUGUGAAUGGACAAUAACCACGAUGAACCCUUCAGACGUGGUGCGAGUUGAAGUUCUCGUGUCUGACCUUGAGUCUGAUGCUAACUGUACGUCCGACUAUGUGAGCAUCCAUGACGGCCCAUCUCCAUCUGACAAAGUCCUUCUCACCUGGUGCGAGAAUACCACGCCGACUGUACAGAGCACAGGACCUGCUCUCACAAUCAGGUUCAGGGCAGAUGAUCAAGGCGUGGGGCAGGGUUUCCGACUGAAAUAUACACAGGUGGCAGGACAGGAUUCAGGUAAACUAGUUAUAACUGAUGGAAGUAAAGAACAUGAGCAUUAUUUUGUAACACAUAUCUCUAUUUGUAUCAAAUGACAUCCUGUAAUUCAUAACUAUUUGUGAUGAUGUGACAUAUAAUAAAAUUAUGUUCAAUAACUGCCCUGACAUCAAAUACAUUUGUUGAGAAUGCCCGCCACGUGAAAGUGGAUUAUUUAAAUUAUAUGUACGUCAGUAAACCAAUAUUGAUUGUGACGUACGUAUGUGUUUAGUGAAUGUAUAUUGCUUGACAAAUGUGUGCUGGUGACUUGAACGUGUGUUUUUAAGUUCGAAAGGUGUGACUGUAUCAUGUUGUUGAACGAACACAUACCAGAAAAACAAUUAAAAUGAAAGUGUGAAAUGAACGCUUACCUCUGGAGCCUCGUGCUGCAUGUUCAAGGUGAGUCAUCAUCAGUUAUUCAAAUAUAUUUCAUUUACCAUUUACCUAAAAUGCCUAUCCACCCGCAGAACCAUUUCUGUCUGCAGAACUAAUAUUCUUUCGUGCAUAGUACUGACACAUAUGAACACAUGGAGAAACUUGUUCCUUGUCAUUAGUGUAUACUUCUUACCCUUUCCUGCUUAUCAUGCCAUUUCCCCUGUCCUGUGCAAUGCGUAUAUGGUUAAAUGUUACGAAGGUUAUGUUCUGGGCAGUUUCCACAGCCUAAACGGUGAAUCGUGAGUUGCAAUUAAUUCCUAAGCAUACAUGAACAACCUCAAGAGAAUGAAAUUAGAACAUUGUGGAAAAUGAAAUUGUUGCCUUGGUGUCAAUGAAAGAGAAGAAUUUAAAUUAUUGAUUAUUUUCUGUUGGUGUAAAAAGGAUCCGAUCAUAUAAUAUUCUAGUGGUGGGGAUGGGGGUUGGGGCUAUUGUCGUUCUCCCACCGUCACCACAAUAGAAUAGUAUAUGGUACUUACUAUGUUGACUAUUUGGUUACUUCGGUAAUGUUUUCAUUUGUAUCUCUUCAAAUCUCCCAGGCUGCUUCUUAAAAGGAUGUAUAUAUAUAUAUAUUUUUAUAUAUUUGUCUCAUAACGAUUUUCCUGAACGAACAAUAGAUCAAUGAUGCUUCAGUUUUCAAUUUGUUUAAUUUUGAAAUUAAUUCAUCCUCAUUAUUGUUACGGUAACCUUUUCUACAAUUAAAAAUGUAUUUUUUGAGCCAUGUAUUCUGUUUUCAUGGAAAACCUGCUAUGCAAUGAGGACCUCUUCUCAGGCACCCCGAUACAAUCCCUGCUCCAUCCGGGACUAUUCAUGCUUGCUCAGACAAUUCAGUUCAGGAUUUGGGAACAGAUACGUUGGAAAUAGAGAGGGAAAACGGACUCGCACUUAUGUUUCGCAGUAUUCCACCCAUUUAAAGAAAUGUUGUCUUCGUGUCAACAGAUGCAUUCCCGUGUCUUUGGUGCAUCGUCAUUGGUGUUGCUUACGGUAAUUACAAACAAUGUCAUGAGGUAUAAACUGCCUGACUCGUAUGAAAUCACAUAGCCCAACAUGACAUAACUGACUCGAAGAGUCGACCGUUUCUCGGGAUCCACUCCGUUGAAUGCAGAUGUCUCUAACUUGGUGAUGUUUGUGUGUAUAUUAUACUGAAACGCAAAAAAACCGUCACCCCAAGUACUAUUGCAUGAAAAGUUGUUAUUUAGAUAUCUGGGUAAUUUUUGUCAAAGUUU